GGUUCGCUGGUUCGGAUAACUUUUCUAGUUCGCUUUCUGAUGUCGUUCCAAAUCGGCGACAUAUCGCGCAUAGCGUACUCGCCGCGUUGAGACCGAAAAAAAGUCGCGAGUGUGUGUGAAAAGUGUUCGACGAAAUCGACCGACGAUCGUCAAAUUCGACAGAGCCGGCGACUUAAUCGAAAUAUUAAACAUGCCAGUGCGAAAGCAAGGUGAAGCACAUCGUGCACUCGAAUUAUUGGAGGACUACCACGUGCGUCUCGUGGGUCCUCAGGACAAACAGCUGCGUGCUGCCAUAGAACGGGUAAUUAGGAUCUUCAAAAGCAGACUCUUCCAGGCACUAUUAGAUAUUCAAGAAUUCUACGAAUUGACACUGCUGGAUGACAGCAAGUCCGUGCAGCAGAAAACUGCGGAGACAAUCCGAAUAGCAGACAAAUGGGAAGGCAGCGAUGGACGGGACAGACUUGAGCAUAUAAAUUCGACUCCUGUAUUUACAGUGGAGCAGCGCCGCCUUGCUUCAAGCGCGAAAUAUGCAUCUGUUUUUGUCUGCCGCAGCAAUAUUCAAGAAUUCUACGAAUUGACACUGCUGGAUGACAGCAAGUCCGUGCAGCAGAAAACUGCGGAGACAAUCCGAAUAGCAGACAAAUGGGAAGGCAGCGAUGGACGGGACAGACUUGAGAAUAACGAGGUGCGUGCUUGCAUGUUACCAUUGACUCAAGCUUUGAUAUCAUUGCAAGAACAGAGAGCUCGCAGGUCGCACUCUGCAAGCCCCGACGAGUUCAACAGGCCACCAAGUCAGAGCAGCGGCCGCGCGACCGAGGAAACGCUGAGGGUCGCCCCGUCCGACAGCCGUCUGGACGAACCGCAGCACACGCGCACGAAACAUAUGUUAUACUCUGGUUUCUGA